AUGGCAUCAAAGUCCAGUCAGCAACUACCUGUGCAUGAUAAGAAUAGUUUACCUCCUCAGGAAAUUGUUGAUUUGUUUAAAACAACAUUUAAUGAUGAGUUGUAUUUGCAAGACAUCGAAACAUUGAUGCAAGAUAUCCAAAGUGUUAAGACUGAUCUAUACAAUCGUGAAUACAUUGAGGCAUUCAGUAAUGAUAUUAAGAGGGUAGCAUAUUGUUGUCGUUGGACUCCUUCAAGAGCCACUGCCUAUGCUUCACUGUUUACACAUUUUAAAGAAAUUGUGCAACUGUUGACCUGUGCUAAUGGUGACCAAUCUGUAUUAUGUAUUGGUGGUGGUGCUGGUUCUGAAAUGGUUGCAAUGUCAAGUAUAUUUACUCCUACAAGGAAAUUUGCCUCUAAAUAUGCCAAAGAUGUUGAUGAAUCCAAGGAUCAAGAUGGAAAGCACUCUUUGCAUUUACAUGUUGUCGAUAUUGCUGAUUGGAGUAACGUUUUAGACAGAUUAACUAAGGAAAUUGCCGACAGAUGGUUAUACAGCGGUGAGAUCAAGUAUUUCGAUAUCAAAUUUACCAAGGACGAUGUUCUUCAAAUGAAGACUUCCCAAUUGCAUUUAUCAGAAUUGAAUUUAAUUACAUUAAUGUUUACUACAAAUGAACUGUUUACUGAACAUAAGACUGAUAGUAUACGAUUAUUACAGAAAUUUAAUAAGGAAUGUAAGACUGGCUGUUACCUUCUCAUUGUAGAAAGUGCAGGAAGUUAUUCUCAUAUAAUGGUGGGUUCUAAGAAAUUCCCAAUUCAGUUCCUAAUCGACACCAUCCUGGUAGGAAAAAGAGGUGAAGAGGCAAAUGGAGCCUGGGAAUUGGUGAACCAAAACGACAGUAUUUGGUAUCGUGGUGAUUUAAAUAUUGACUACCCAAUGAAACUCGAGAACAUGAGAUUUUUUUAUAGACUAUACCGUAAGAAUUAG